UCUUUGUCUUUCUCAUCUUCGUCACUUUUGGAUGUAUUUGCUGUAUUAUUUCAUUCCACUCACGAUCUUCAGAGUUGUCUCUCACAACUCUAACAGACAUGAUUACGAUCUUUGGACGCAAGGAUCAAAGACAUCUCUCCAACCUGGAGUUGUUGGAGCAGAAGGUUGACUACCUUCUGCCACAAGCAGACCUGUGGCCCAACUUUGCUCUGGAGUCUCAAGGAGCAAAUAUUUUACACAAGAUGACCUCAGAGGCUUAUGACAUCAAUAAAGAAGUUGGAAGGUUUGGGAAAUUGUUCAAGAGACCUCCUAUUGGCCCAGGCAUUGUUAUUAAGGGAAAAAAUCGUCUGCAACCUGGAAAAUGCUGGGCCUUUCCAGGUUUCCAGGGACGUUUGGGCGUCUCACUUUCACACCCAGCCACCAUCAGACAUGUGUCCCUGGGUCACAUUGCUAAGACUGUGUCCCCAACGUCCUCUGUCUCCAGUGCUCCCAAAGAAUUUUCUGUAUAUGGAAAGAAGAAUUUAGAAGAUGAGGAAACUCAUUUGGGAACUUUCCAAUACGAUGAAGAUGGAGACCAAAUACAGACCUUCAAACUUCCUGUAAAUAUGUCAAAUUAAUGUUUUAUUAACCA